AUGGCAAAUUGUGUACACAAGAUUAAGAAAAUGCUGUGUUCUCAGUGCUGUGUUCUCAGUGCUGUGUUCUCAGUGCUGUGCUCUCAAUGCUGUGCUCUCAAUGCUGUGUUCUCAAUGCUGUGUUCUCAGUGUUGUGUUCUCAAUGCUGUGUUCUCAGUGCUGUGUUCUCAGUGCUGUGUUCUCAGUGCUGUGUUCUCAGUGCUGUGUUCUCAGUGCUGUGCUCUCAGUGCUGUGUUCUCAGUGCUGUGCUCUCAAUGCUGUGUUCUCAAUGCUGUGUUCUCAAUGCUGUGUUCUCAGUGUUGUGUUCUCAGUGCUGUGUUCUCAGUGCUGUGUUCUCAGUGCUGUGUUCUCAAUGCUGUGUUCUCAGUGUUGUGUUCUCAGUGUUGUGUUCUCAGUGCUGUGCUCUCAGUGCUGAGUUCUCAUUGCUGUGCUCUCAGUGCUGAGUUCUCAUUGCUGUGCUCUCAGUGCUGUGUUCUCAGUGCUGUGUUCUCAGUGCUGUGUUCUCAGUGCUGUGUUCUCAGUGCUGAGUUCUCAUUGCUGUGCUCUCAGUGCUGA